AUGGCGGGUCCGUGGCGCGCGAUACUGCGCGUCGCCGCCGUGCUGUGCGCGCUGCACGUGGCGGCGGCGCAGUUCGAGGCGCCGGAGUUCAACAUCGCGGUGCGCAAGGCGGACAUCCCGUUCAUCAAGUGCGACGUGUGCCGCAAGAUGGCGGAGCAGCUGGACCAGCAGGUGGAGCGAGAGAGAGAGAAGGCGGAACCGAAGAAGGUGAGUGAGCUGAAGGUGAUAGAGGUGGCGGAGAAGCUGUGCGACGUGAAGAGCGCCAAUGGCGGGUGGAUCACGCGCCUCGACAUCGUGGAGAGCGGCGACCUGCUCAAGCUAAUAGAGCACGAGGAGGACGGCGAGUGUCUGUCGGAGUGCAAGACCAUUCAACGCGCCUGCCAGGACAUCAUGGGGGAGCAUGACACGGACAUAGCAGAGAGGAUAUUCAACGACGAGCCCUCACAGUCCUCCCUGCAGCGCUACCUCUGCCACGACCUCAGCAAGGCUUGCUCCACCAAGCCGCCGCCCGUGCCAGAGGACCGUGAGCCAGGGGAGAACUGGCAGAAGAAGGACAACAGCCCCCCGGACUACAGCAAGAUGGCUAAAGAGAUGAACAUCCCCACCAGCGUCAUGCAUGAUGAGGAGGCCAUCAAGAACAUCAAGAUGCCCAAGGGCAUGGGCAUGCCUGAAGAGGUCUUUAAACGCCAGCAGGAGAAGCAAGCCGCGGAGGAGGCGAAGGCAGCAGCUGCAGGCAAGAAGAAGAAGAAGAGCAAGAAGGGCAGCAGCAGCAGCAGCAGCAGCAGCAAGAGCAAGAGCAAGGAGGAGGUGAUGGGAGAGGUGUAUGCACAGGCCGAGGAGGCUGCGAAGGGGGGCAGGGAGGAGAUUGUGAAGUUUGUUGAGAAGAUGACCGGGAAGAAGGUGGAGGAUAAGGAACCUGAGAGCGCUGGGUAUGAUGAGCUGUGA